CACAGAACAGGCCCAUCAGAAGAGUUUUCUAUUAAAAAGUCUGUUGGCUUUGUGCUCUUUGAUGCAAAGAUGAAAAUUUUCAGUUCAUGGGAACUGACAGCCCCUGAUAUUUCUUAUGAUGACUUUGCUAAGUGUUAUGCUAUGUGUGUGAGAGAUGACACAGUACACAUCUACCAGCCUGGAGAACCUGCUAUUAUCCUGGAUGAGGUGAGAGUGAAAUGGGUCACCUCUUUACGUCGUAUCCCAACGCCCGGUGCUGAGUAUUCUAGAGAGGCACAAGCUUAUGGCUACCAAAUUGCUGUGCCUGCCCAGGAAGGUGUUCUU